AUGAAGUCCAACGUGAUUGUCGCUUUUCUGCUCGCUGCUUCAAGCGCUGCCAGUCCUCUCCCAAAGGAGAAGCGGGCAAUCGGGGCCGACGGUCUUGGCUAUAGCUACAAGGACUUUGAAGACUCGCCCGUUGAGAAGAGAGCGAUUGGAGCAGAUGGCCUCGGCUACAGCUACAAGGACUUCGAAGAUUCUCCCGUUGAGAAGAAGAGAGCCAUCGGAGCCGAUGGCCUUGGCUACAGCUACAAAGAUUUCGAGGACUCCCCUGUUGAGAAGAGAGCCAUCGGGGCUGACGGCCUCGGCUACAGCUACAAGGACUUUGAAGAUUCUCCCGUCGAGAAGAAGAAGAGAGCCAUUGGAGCCGACGGUCUCGGCUACAGCUACAAGGAUUUCGAGGACUCCCCUGUGGAGAAGAGAGCUAUCGGGGCCGAUGGUCUUGGAUAUAGUUACAAAGAUUUCGAGGAUUCGCCCGUCGAGAAGAAGAGGGCGAUCGGGGCUGAUGGCCUUGGCUACAGCUACAAGGAUUUCGAGGACUCACCUGUCGAGAAAUGGUUGUGGCGUUGGCGGGGCGCAGAAAGUGGCUCAGCUGUGGCUGAGCUCGUCAAGGUAGCUGUCUAUCAUCAAUCAAGGGGAGCUGCAACACUGGAGCUCUCGUCGACGAAGAAUUUUGUUGACUUGGCCUUGCUGGCUCGCUGGAUACCAUCUGGUCCACCGACUCGGCUUGACACGACUCGACUCGACCCGACCCAGCACGCGACAGGACGGCAGGACGAUGUUGGUGCGGCUGUCGUCGUCUUUGUCGCCGUUGAUCUUGUCUCGUUGCUGCUGCUGCUGACAUCAACAACUUCAACACCAACAGCCAUCAUGGACUUCUACGACCCGGACAAGGGGAAGAGGGGCAGCUGUGAUGGCAGCGGCGACGAGUUUGUCCAGCCUGGCGAAAAGGACACCUACGUCCAGCUCGUCAUCUCCCUGGCCCUCGGAUGUACCGCCUUCAUGACCUUUUGUAUCCUGCGCCCGCGAUGGAAGUCAUUAUACGCUGCCAGGCGCCGCCAGUUCGGCCCACAGAUAGGCCUGCCCCCUCUACCAGACAGUCUCUUCGGAUGGGUGCCAGCCCUCUACAAGGUCACCGAGGAACAGGUCCUGGCCUCGGCUGGUCUUGAUGCCUUCGUGCUCCUUGCCUUCUUCAAGCUCUCCAUCAAGCUCUUCGCCAUCCUCUUCUUCUUCGCCGCCACCGUCCUCGAGCCCAUAAAUCGACGAUACGUUCCCGACGAGAACAUCCCCAAGCGUCCCGAUGAUGACGACUCCGACAACAGCUGGAACUACGACAUGGGAUACCUUUGGGCCUAUCUCGUCUUCACCUACUUCUUCACCCUCCUCACCAUCCAUCUCCUCAACAAGGAGACAUUCAAGGUCAUCAGGAUAAGGCAGGACUACCUCGGCACCCAGAGCACCAUUACCGACAGGACCUUCAAGCUCUCCGGCAUGCCUCGCGAGCUGCGUGAUGAGGCCAAGCUUAAGGAGCUGGUCGAGAAGCUGGAGAUCGGCAACGUCGAGAGUGUGACCCUCUGCCGAAACUGGAAGGAGCUCGACGACCUGGUCGCCGAGAGAGCUGUUACCCUUCGCAAGUUGGAGGAGACCUGGAGCGUGUAUCUGGGUCAGAAGUCUAUAAAUUGCCUCGAUGACAGACACAGGCAGGUCAGUUCCGCCGUCGGUCAACACGACGACUCGGCCGUCGUUGAUGAGGAGGCCCAAGAUGGCGAGGGGUCGAGCCUUCUGGGCCGCGGCCGCAACGGAGCCGCCCAUCACCACUGGAUUGACCGUCCGCGCCCGCAGACACGCGUCUGGUAUGGUCCGUUUCGUCUGAGGUACAAGAAGGUCGACGCCAUCGACUACUACGAGGAGAAGCUCCGGCGGAUCGACGAGCAGAUUCACGUGGCCCGGAAGAAGGAGUACCAGCCGGUCGAUCAGGCAUUCGUAACGAUGGACUCUAUUGCGGCCUGCCAGAUGGCCACCCAGGCACUCAUCGACCCCCGGCCAGGCCAGCUCCUGACGAAGUAUGCGCCCGCCCCUUCAGAUGUCGUCUGGCGCAACACCUAUUCUUCUAGAAAGACCAGGGUGGUCAAGGCGUGGCUCAUCACCAUCUUUAUCAGUAUCCUCUCGGUCCUUUGGCUUAUCCCCGUGGCCACCAUCGCCGGUCUGCUUUCGCUCUGCACCAUCAAAAAGUUCUUCCCAGGCCUGGCUGAGUUCCUCAACGAGCAUGAGAUCAUCAAGGCUCUCGUUCAGACUGGCCUGCCAACAGCCGUGGUGUCCCUUCUCAACGUCGCCAUUCCAUUCCUCUAUGACUACCUGUCCAACAGCCAAGGAAUGCUCUCCCAGGGCGAAGUCGAGCUGUCUAUUGUCUCCAAGAAUUUCUUCUUCACCUUCUUCAACAUUUUCCUCGUCUUCACCGUCUUUGGUACUGCGACUCAGAUCUGGACCGUGAUCCGCGACUCCUUCAAGGAUACCACCUAUAUCGCUAGGCAGCUCGCUCAACGGAUCCAGAAUCUCAACGUCUUCUACCUCAACUUCAUCAUGCUGCAAGGUAUAGGGCUCUUCCCUUUCCGCUUGCUCGAGUUCGGCGCGGUCUCCCUUUACCCGAUCAAUCGACUUGGCGCAAAGACGCCCCGCGACUAUGCAACGCUCAACAUAGCGCCCGCUUUCAGCUACGGUUUCUACCUGCCAACGUCGCUACUCAUCUUCAUCUUGUGCCUGGUCUACUCGGUCCUGCCGCGUGGGUAUAUUAUGCUUGCAAUAGGAGUCGUCUACUUCUUCCUGGGCUACUUCACCUACAAGUACCAGCUGCUUUACGCCAUGGACCAGCCGCAGCAUGCUACCGGCGGCGCGUGGCGCAUCAUUGCCUACCGUAUGGUCCUCGGUCUUGUCGUCUUCCAGGUCACCAUGGCCGGUUACCUCGUCCUGCAACUGGCUUUCUUCGCAUCCCUACUGGUGAUCCCCUUGCUCAUGGGCACUAUAUGGUAUUCGUACUACUGGAAGCGUCAAUUUGAGCCGCUGACCAACUAUAUCGCCUUGCGCUCUAUCCGACACCGCCAAUCUGAUCACAGCAACACUACCAGCGGAACCAGUUCCCCGGGAGAAGAGGAGGGCAGCGUCGUCCACGAUGAGGUCUUUGGUGGGCCCGGCCGCCAUCCCCCGCAACAGCUACUCCGCCGCCGCAAGAGCACCGUCGACGAGGACAAGGAGAAAGGUCUGCGGUUCGUCAACCCUAGCCUUGUCAUCCCGCUCGAGCAGCCGUGGAUCUACAAUGACCCACCACCGCUUCUGGCGAGGGACUCCAGCGCGGGCUUUGCCGGUGUGGACAGGGAUGAUGCGUUUUACAGGUACGAGCAGGGGAGGGAGAGUAUAAUCGGAGGAGCAAGGACAGAGGAGCCUGCGUCCACCUCUGCGUCGGAAGGUGGGACGGGGACGGGACCGGGGUCGUCGACGGGGGGAAAUAACAAUAACGGCACCACCAACAACAACGUCGCGAGGAACGGAGGUAGCAACUCCAGCUCCUUCAGCCUGGGAGAUACCCACGUGUGGAGGGACGGUACAUAA